AAAGGAGUUCAGUGGACAGCGAUUCUCACGAACUGGACAUAAUCUAGGACAGCAGGCAGAGACCCAAACUGUGAGUCUACAAAUCACACCAAAUCCAACCCCCAAAAUGGAAGAAGCCACAAGCCAAAGCCUAGAUGAAGACUUUGAAGGACAGGCCACGCACACAGGACCCAAAGGUGUAAUAAAUGAUUGGAGAAAGUUUAAAUUAGAAAGUGAAGAUGGUGAUUCCAUUCCACCCAGCAAGAAGGAGAUCCUCAGACAAAUGUCCUCCCCUCAGAGCCGAGAUGACAAAGACUCCAAAGAAAGGGUCAGCAGGAAGAUGAGCAUUCAAGAAUAUGAACUGAUUCAAGACAAAGAAGAUGAAGAUUGCCUUCGCAAAUACCGUAGACAGUGCAUGCAGGACAUGCACCAGAAGCUGAGUUUUGGGCCUAGAUAUGGGUUUGUGUACGAGCUGGAAACAGGGGAGCAAUUCCUGGAAGCCAUUGAAAAGGAGCAGAAGAUCACCACCAUCGUGGUCAAUAUUUAUGAAGAUGGGGUCAAGGGCUGUGAUGCGCUCAACAGCAGCUUAGCGUGCCUUGCUUCAGAGUACCCGAUGGUCAAGUUCUGUAAGAUAAAAGCUUCUAAUACUGGAGCUGGGGACCGCUUCUCCUCAGCUGUACUCCCUACCCUGCUUGUAUACAAAGGUGGGGAACUCAUAAGCAAUUUCAUUAGCGUUGCCGAACAGUUUGCUGAAGAAUUUUUUGCUGGGGAUGUGGAGUCUUUCCUAAAUGAAUAUGGAUUGCUACCAGAAAGGGAGAUACAUGACCUAGAGCAAACCAACAUGGAAGAUGACGACAAUGAGUAAUCACUCACUAUGUCAGUAUCUCACGUCUAUCCUUUCCACAGUGAACACCGAUUUUUGGUAGUAUCUAUAUUCCUUUAGCAAACACUAAACAUGGCCAUGGUUAUUCAAAUGGAGGGGGGAGACACGAAAAUUAUGUAAACAGCAUUUCUUAGUGCUAGUUGUUCAAAUUGAGGUAAUAUUGUACUGCAAAAAUAUUGUGGUUUUUAGCAAAUAGUAAACAGAAGAGGUGGAAAAUGUCAAUGUUAUGUCAUUUUAAAAAGUCCUUGCAAAUUAUGGGUUAGCUUUUGUAUUCCUCACUUUUCCCUUGGCAUCUUUAUUUGGGCUUGGAAACUGAAUUCUACUUAUAAAUUGGCUUGUAUGAUAAGAAUAAAAUCCUAUGAUGAAACAA